AUGGCCGUCUUCCAAGACCCCCAUCUUGACCCUUCUUCUCUCAUGCCAUUCCAAGAUGCGAGUACCGACUGGAUGGGGAAGGAUGCUCUCGACCUCUUUUCCUGGGAUAUGCCGUUUGACGAGCCAUUUGACGUCGCCAAUGAUUUUGUCGAUCCCCCAGCUUAUACGACCAGCACGUCUGCCUCCCCGGAGGAUUAUAACUCCUCGUCCAGACAAGCUCCGGAGGAUGCGCUCUCGUUUUCGUCGCUGGCUUCAGAUGCCGAAAGCGAUGCCUGGUCCUCGUCGGCACCCAGGUCACCUACCCAGUCUAGGAUGAAGCGCCCGUCGACGGACAGUAUUUUCGACAGACCGGCAAAGAGAUCUCCCAGCUCAGCUGCACAGGAUGACCUUUCAGAGAAGACCGUUUCAAACACAACAACAACACCAGCAACAUCGGCAGCAACAUCAUCAACGUCGUCGUCGUCGUCGUCGUCAAGCAAAGAAGACACGACAACUCGAAAGGCAUCGCCCAAGUCGACAUCACAGUCGACGUCACAGUCAACGUCUUCCAAAUGCACAACAACAGACGCAGACACCAAUGCAGUGAUGAAGCGAAAAAAAGCAGCACACAACGCAAUCGAGAAGCGCUACCGCACCAACAUGAACGCCAAAUUCGUCGCCCUGGGCAAUGCGAUCCCCAAGUCCGCCGCCCACCUAUCACAGAGCACAAACAAGGGGUUACGCAAGUCGACUUUUGGCGAGCAGCCACCACAGAACAAGUCGGAGAUCCUGACCGGCGCGCUGGCGUACAUCCGGGAGCUGCAGGAGGAGAACCGACUGUUGAGGAAUGAACUCAAUGUGUUGAAGGAGAAUCUUUUACCGGGGGGAAGCCAGCUCUCGCAAAGUUAUUUCGCUUGA